CAAGAGAAUGAUGUUAUGCCUUCUGGGUUCAGGGCUCGGAUAAAUGCUCAUCCAUUGGAGAAUCCUCAUGACAAUGACUUUGGAUAUGAUGGCAUCAAUGCCAAUAGGGCCUUCCAGGCUCGUGGUGAAUCAACCCAGUUCAGACAGGCUCAAGAGAAUGAUGGGUUCAGGACACGGCAACACCCUUACGAUUUUGGUGGCAGGACAGCCAGGGUGGUUAAUAUAGUAGAGGCGCCAGAGAGCACUCAGCCGCUCGCCAUUGGAUGGAUGCAAGAUGCAACACGUCCAACAACUAAUCCAGAACCACUGCGCCGAAGCGCGCGGCGAGCAGCGGCAGCAGCUGCUGCUGCCUCUUCAAAGGAAGCUGAUGUUGAACGAGGUCAAAGCUCUGAGGGUUCUUCUCGGGGCAAUAGAGCUCAGAGGCAAGGGCACAACUUUGUGGCAGAGCAGCAGGGCCAUUCAGAUGAUGAUGCUCAACCAAUAAACUCACGGGAAAAUAAUAAUAGUGACAGUGACAGUUCCCAGAGAGAUGACUUGGGACGGUGGAUGGAUGGCGGGGAUGAUGUGUCUUCAGACUUCGAACCGAAGGUGAAGAUAUCCAAAGCAAAUCAACAAAAAAAAGUUCAUGCCCUGAAGAAAAAGAAGAAUAAUGCUCACCAAUUCAAUUCUGACGAUGAGGCUGGUCCUUCAAAGAGACCAACAACUGCUGGCAGAGGCAGGUCUGAUUCUGAUUCAGAUUUUGAAACGGAGGCAAGGAAGCAGCAGCAGAGAGCGCCUUCGAAAUCAAAGCCUAAGUCCCUUACCCUGAAGACAAAGGCUUCAGGGGAAGUCAAACGGAAAGGGAAGCAGCAGCAGCAGCAGCAGCAGCAAGCUGAGCCAAAAUUCACAGCAGGGGCCCUUUAUGAAGCUGAUCAUGGUGCUAUAUCUAAUGGGCAACAAAGCGAAGCAAUAACCAUAUCUGAUUCUGAAGGAAGUGUUGGGCACCCUGCUGCUGAGCUGUUCCCAAUCGAGGCAGAGCUGCUGACCGAUGAUUUCAACAUUCCCUCGGACUCCCUUAGUGAAAGUAUAGUCCAUGCGUAGCGGCUGAAAACAUCAACGACGACGAGUACGCUGCGUGAACCGUUGUUGUGUUCGGCGAUGUCAUCGUAGGCCAUCAAAUCACACUGCCAUACAGAGUCCAGGCCGUCGGAGUACGUCACAUUCCUCGGAAAGUUCUUCCUGACGUUUUUGUGUAAAGUAUAACAGUCUUCUCCCCGGAGAAAAUCAAUCACUUUUUCCUUAUUUACUUUCUUGUCAACACCGCGCCAGAGGCGAUCCGGCGUGCUGUAGCCGGCCGGGUGUUUCCUGUCAUGAAAUAUUUUUUCAAGGACUCCAGCGUGCCCAUUUCGCGGUUUUACAUUUUGUUUUCCCGGGCGCGCGCGUGGGCGGGUCUCGCGACGCAGCGAGACGGGCGCGGCGGAGGGCAGCGGGGGCUCGCGACGGAGCGAGCCAAUGCGCGGGGUCUCGCGACGCAGCGAGACGGCGGACGGGCGCGGGGUCUCGCGACGCAGCGAGACGGCGGACGGGCGCGACGGGCGCGGCGGCGGCGGCGGGCGGCGGCGGCGGGCGGCGGGCGGCGGCGGUGGUG